UUUUUACAGCUGAUUAUAAAUGGUGUGUUUGACGAUACAGUUAAAGAGAAGUCACUAUCAGUGAUGGAGGGAGAUUCUGUCACUCUAUGUACUGAUGUUACUAAAGUACAGAGAAAUGAUCAGAUACUGUGGAUGUAUAGCAUUAACAAUUCAGACACUCGUAUAGCUGAAAUCUAUAAACAGGUCAUCUCUAUAUAUGAUAAUAAUGAAAUAUUCAGAGACAGACUACAGAUGGAUUAUCAUUCAGGGUCUCUCACCAUAACAAACAUCAGAACUGAACACUCUGGACUUUAUAAACUAACCGUGAUUGGUGGAGGGGUCAUAUACAAGAGUUUCACUGUUACUGUCCAUGCUCAUCUACCCAUUCCUGUCAUUAUCACAAACUAUCCAAACUGUUCAUCACCAUCAUUAUCAAAAGGAUUAUCUGCAUCCAAUUGUUCAUUGCUGUGUUCAGCUGUGAAUGUGGGUGCUGUGACUCUCUCCUGGUACAAAGGAAACAGUUUAUUGUCCAGCAUCAGUGUGUCUGAUCUCAGCAUCAGUCUCUCUCUACCUCUGGAGGUGGAAUAUCAGGAGAAAAACACCUACAGCUGUGUGAUCAACAAUCCCAUCAGAAACCAGACCACACAUCUGGACAUCAGUCAACUCUGUCAGCCAUGUGGAGGUAUGUGAGAUUAGCGCCUAUGAUCAGGUCAGUUCUGAUUACAGUAAAAAUGGCACAAAGCCUUGUGUCACAGUACAAUCAAGUUCAUUCUGACUCUCACUGUUAACCUGCAACAAAUACAUUAAAUGCUAAUAUAUGUUCAAAUGUAAUACAAAUAUAUGUUCAAACUGGAAAAAGAGAUAAACAAGCAUUAAAAUUCACAUAUGCAUGUUAAAUAAGAUUACAGACGCUGUUGUUCACAAGCAAAACAAACAUUGGGCUAACAGGCAAAAUUCUUGGUGUUCAGUUUGUCUGGUUUUGCUUAUAAAUUUUCGCUUCUGGUCUAGGUCAUUGGAAUCAAAAAUGGCAGCUGCCUAACCACUGAACAUUCAGUUUUACCAUUUUUUCUAGA